CCACCAUGCCGGCCCGGGCGCUGCUGCUGCUGCUGCUCGCUGCCCUGGCCGCCGCCGCCCGGGGGUGCGCGCUCGCCCGGGACCCCGCCGGUGAAUGCCAAAGGCCCGCAGCUGCACAGAGCGCCUCCUGCGUGGGCCUGCAGCUCAGGACCUGCAGCGAUGCCGCCUACAACCACACCACCUUCCCCACCCCGCUGGAGCACCGGUCGCGUGAGGCGGUGGAGGCCAGCUCCGAGUACAUUCUGCUCAGUGUCCUGCACCACCUCUUGGAGGGCCAGUGCAACCCCGACCUGCGGCUGCUGGGCUGCGCUGUGCUGGCCCCCCGGUGCGAGGGCGGCCGGGCGCUCAGGCCCUGCCGGCACGUCUGUGAGAGCCUGCGUGAGGCCUGCCAGCCUGCCUUUGAUGCCAUCGACAUGGCCUGGCCCUACUUCCUCGACUGCCACCGCUACUUCGCACACGAGGAGGAAGUCUGCUACGACCCGCUGGAGAAGCUUCGGGGUGGUCUGGAGGCUGAGGAGGCGCUGCCCUCAGGGCUGCCACCAACCUUCAUCCGCUUCACCCACCACUCCUACACCCAGAUGGUGCGCGUGCUGAAGAGGACGGCCGCCCGCUGCGCCCACGUGGCCAAGACCUACAGCAUUGGGCGCAGCUUCGACGGCAAGGAGCUGCUGGUCAUCGAGUUCUCGGGCCGUCCAGGCCAGCACGAGCUGAUGGAGCCUGAGGUGAAGCUCAUUGGCAACAUCCACGGCAACGAAGUGGCAGGGCGCGAGAUGCUCAUUUACCUGGCCCAGUACCUGUGCUCUGAGUACCUGCUGGGCAACACCCGCAUUCAGCGCCUGGUCAACACCACCCGCAUCCACCUGCUGCCCUCCAUGAACCCCGAUGGCUAUGAGGUGGCGGCUGCCGAAGGUGCCAGCUACAAUGGGUGGACAAGCGGGAGGCAGAAUGCACAGAACCUGGACCUGAACCGCAACUUCCCGGACCUGACGUCGGAGUACUACCGGCUGGCUGAGACCCGCGGCGUGCGCAGUGACCACAUCCCCAUCCCGCAGCACUACUGGUGGGGUAAGGUGGCCCCUGAGACCAAGGCAAUAAUGAAGUGGAUGCGGACCAUACCCUUUGUGCUCUCGGCCAGCCUCCAUGGGGGCGACCUUGUGGUGUCCUACCCCUUUGACUUCUCCAAGCACCCCCAGGAGGAGAAGAUGUUUUCUCCCACGCCUGACGAGAAGAUGUUCAAGCUGCUGUCCAGAGCCUACGCCGAUGUCCACCCCAUGAUGAUGGACAAGUCGGAGCACAGGUGUGGGGGCAACUUCCUGAAGAGGGGCAGCAUCAUCAACGGGGCGGACUGGUACAGCUUCACGGGAGGCAUGUCCGACUUCAACUACCUGCACACGAACUGCUUUGAGAUCACAGUGGAGCUGGGCUGUGUGAAGUUCCCCGCCGAGGAGGCCCUGUACACGAUCUGGCAGCACAACAAGGAGCCGCUCCUGAAUUUCAUGGAGAUGGUGCACCGCGGCAUCAAGGGAGUGGUGACGGACAAAUUUGGCAAGCCGGUCAAAAACGCCCGCAUCUCGGUCAAAGGCAUCCGUCACGACAUCACCACAGCUCCGGAUGGUGACUACUGGAGGCUGCUGCCCGCAGGGUCCCACAUUGUCAUUGCCCAAGCUCCUGGCUACUCCAAGGUCAUCAAGAAAGUCACCAUCCCCGCCCGGAUGAAGAGGGCUGGCCGCGUGGACUUCAUUCUGCAGCCUCUGGGGAUGGGACCCAAGAAGUUCUUUCCCGGGCUGAGGAGGACUGGGCCCGGGACCCACGCCCCGCCGGGAGGUGCCAGCCCUCGGGGGGCUCCCACAGAGCCUGACCUCGACCCCCUGGGGGCGCGCAGGCCGCCCUCAGCCAGCGGGAGCAAGCCCUGGUGGUGGUCCUACUUCUCCUCGCUCAGCCCGCACAGGCCGCGCUGGCUGCUCAGGUACUAGCCCACCGGCGCUCCUCCCUGGGCGCGGAGGCCCAGGCCACCCUGCGUCCUGACCUUAUCUGCCACAGACACCCCACAAAGCC